UAUUACAGGAGCGAGGCAAGCAAGCAGAGUGAGGGCAGGCAGAACUGUGGCCGGAGAGGCGAGCUGGAUCUGAGCCGGAGAGGAGGGAACACGGCGAUCACAGGUGGCAGCACCCUACAGCGGCGAGUCGCAGAUCUACAGAUCUACGUGACACACCGGAACAAACGAGCAGCUCUUCCCACCAGCAUGGCCACUGUGUGCUACGCCAGGCUGUUUCCCCGGGCCGCGCAACACAGGCUGCAGCUGGGUCCUCAGAGAUAUCCAGGUUUUAUGAGCCCUGCCUUGGUGCGCGGACACCGCCUGGCCCCUACUGACGAUGAACUGUACCAGCGCACCACGGUGUCAGUCAUGCAGAAGGAAGCGGACAGCGAUCUUCUCAUUCACAGCUACAGCCCUCGGGGCUUUACUAUCGGGCGGAACCGGGUACUGGGACCGUGCGCCGUGCUUCCGCCGGCCAUCCUGCAGUGGAAUGUAGGCAACUAUAAGGAUAUCUCAGUGGAGAGUUUGGCUUUAUUCUACCUACUAGAGCCUCGCAUCGAAGUUUUGGUCCUGGGCACUGGGGGCCAGGUGGAGCAGCUUGACAGGAACGUUCUAGACUUCUUGAGGAAGAAGCGCAUUGCAGUUGAGAUUCAAGACACGCCCAACGCAUGCGCCACCUUCAACUUCCUGUUCAACGAGAGACGAGCGGUCGCAGCUGGCCUAAUCCCACCACCAAUCAGCACGAAGGACCACCUCUAACAGGAAGUGAUUUGAAAGCUCAUUAAGUGAUGCAAUAGAAAGGCUGGUAUUGGCUUCGCUGAUGGACGUCCUUCCCUGUGAACUACUUGUGGGGCUUUCAGCCCUACUUAACUAUUAGGCGGAGACCAGAAGAGACUGAAUGUCAGAAGAUGUUAGACAGGAAGUGUCCUGUUUGCGAGCUCGUCUGCUUGUAAUGGUCCACCCCCUUUCAGAACACAGAAAUACAACUUGGGUGGGGUUGCAUUUACUGUAUGUGCUGGGAUCUAAGUAAGUAAAGCACACUAUUUGUGUCUGAA